AUGAAUACAUCCUCUACAUCGUUCUUUUACAAGACGCCAAACGGCACAAAUUUGCAUUUCACCCAAACAGGCAACUCUUCAGGUCCCCUCGUUGUUCUUCUUCACGGACUGGGUGGAUCAACAAAAACAUUCCAGCCAGUUCUCCAAUCUCUUUCGCCACGGAUCCAUCGCUUGAUCUGUGUUGAUCUUGAAGGAUUCGGUCAAACACCUCUGUCCUCGCCUAGCACUACCCUCUCUGUCCCUCGAUAUGUCGAUGACCUGGAAUAUCUCGUGGCACAUCUGCAAGGCUCUCUUGGGGCCUCAUCUGGGAAGUUACUCUUCAUCGGUCACAGCCUCGGGUCUAUCAUCUCAAUGCACUACGCCUCAAAGCACCCAGAUCAAAUUCGGGGUCUUAUCUUGCUCGGGCCAGGUCGCUCAAUUGCCCACAUUCCCGCCGCAAGAGAGCGAAUGCUAGGUCUAGCGGCAAAGGCACGCACAGAAGGUAUUCAAGCUGUAGCGGAUAUGGCAGCUAUAUCCAACUUUCCGUUAAAAGGCACGGUUCCGCCCGAAACCCGCCAGGUCGUCAGGGAAGCGGUAGCUAGCUGUGAUGCAGAAGCGUACGCCAAGGCAUGCGAAGCAAUCGCGGGCAUUGAUCAUCUAGAUCCGGAUUACAGCUCUAUUUGUGCUCCGACUUUGCUUUUGGCAGGGAGCCACGAUAUCAUCUCUAGCCCACAAAUAUCUUUUGGGCUACAAGAGUUGAUCGGGGAUAAUGCACAGGUGAAGGUUCUUGGGGGCAUUGGACAUCAGAUGAUUCUCCAGGAUUUUGAAGGCACCACUGAUGCGAUUAAAAGUCUUAUUGAGAAAUAA